CAGCAGCAGCCAUGGACUGACACGCUUUCAGACCGUUAACUUUGAGAAAUUUAAGUAUAUGUCUUCUGUUUGAGUACAAUCGCCAAACGAAGCAUAGUCAUGGCUCGAGAUUGCACCACUAAAAGUUUGGAUAGUAUUGACCUGUCCUCUUUAAGGGAUCCUGCAGGCAUAUUUGAACUGGUGGAAGUAGUUGGAAAUGGAACCUAUGGGCAAGUGUACAAGGGGAGACAUGUCAAGACGGGACAGCUGGCUGCUAUCAAGGUCAUGGACGUGACAGAGGAGGAAGAAGAUGAAAUCAAGUUAGAGAUUAACAUGCUGAAGACGUACUCCCAUCACAGGAACAUAGCCACCUAUUAUGGUGCCUUUGUGAAGAAAAGCCCACCGGGCCAUGAUGAUCAGCUCUGGCUGGUGAUGGAGUACUGCGGGGCUGGCUCAGUCACUGACCUUGUGAAGAAAACUAAAGGGAACUGUCUGAAGGAGGACUGGAUCGCCUAUAUCUGCAGGGAGGUCCUGAGAGGCCUGCUACACCUCCACUCUCACCACGUCAUUCACCGUGACAUCAAAGGACAGAAUGUGUUGCUGACGGAGAACGCCGAGGUGAAGCUGGUGGAUUUCGGAGUCAGUGCCCAGCUGGACCGGACCAUUGGGAGGAGGAACACCUUCAUUGGCACCCCAUACUGGAUGGCCCCAGAAGUCAUUGCCUGUGACGAAAACCCAGGUUCUACCUACGACUACAGGAGUGACCUGUGGUCCCUGGGAAUCACUGCACUGGAGAUGGCCGAGGGGGCUCCACCGCUGUGCGACAUGCAUCCCAUGAGGGCCCUCUUCCUCAUUCCGCGGAACCCCUCCCCCAAGCUCAAGUCAAAGAAGUGGUCGAAAAGGUUUCUGAACUUCGUAGACAGCUGCUUGGUGAAGAAUCACCUGCACCGGCCCUCCACAGAGACCCUUCUCAGACACUCGUUCAUCAAAGACCUGCCCAACGAGCGACAGGUGCGCAUCAUGCUCAAGGAUCACCUGGACAGGACCAGGAAGAAAAAGGGGGAGAAAGAGGAGACUGAGUAUGAGUACAGUGGCAGUGAGGAUGAGGAGGAGGAGAUGAACGAGGACGAAGGAGAGCCCAGCUCCAUCGUGAACCUGCCGGGUGAGUCCACUCUGAGGAGAGAGUUUCUGCGGCUGCAGCAGGAGAAUAAGAGCCGCUCGGAAGCCCAGCGCCAGCAGCAGGUCCAGCAGCAGCAGCUCCGGGAUCAGGAGAGGUACAAGAAGCAGCUGCUGGCCGAGCGGCAGAAGAGGAUCGAGCAGCAGAAGGAAGAGCGCAGGAGACUCGAGGAUCAGCAGAGGCGGCAGCAUCAGGAGUCCGGCUUCCAUUGGCCAGAGCUGCAGGAGAUGCUGUGGAGGGAGGAGGCGGAGGCCGACGACAGAAGCGCUGCAGAGGAGAGGCGCAGGAGAAGCGACAGGAAACAGCUGGAAGACUCAGGCAAACAGAAGAUCGAUGCUGGCGGCAGACCAGUGUGCUCUCUGAUAGACCAGAGAAGAGCUGAGCCUCCGCCUCUGCCUCCUCCUCAGCAGCAGCAACAGCAGCAGCAGCAGCAGCAGCAGGGUAAAAAGUUCCACCGCACGCUGCCCAAAGACCAGGCCCAGCUGCUUUCGCUUCAGCACGACCACAGGCACAAGCAGAGGGAGCCCCAGAAGGCCGCUAGCGCCGCGCCUAGCUGCCCCGCAAAUAGCCAGCGCAGAGCGAUGGAUGACAGGACAAAGGCAUCAGACGCCCAUCUCUCCAACCUGAAUCGAGUGGCUGCUGGGCUCCCCCUGCAUGUGCAGUCCAGACUGGGCUCUGGGAGCAACUCCAGCCCCUGCACCCCAGCCCUGCAGAGAGCCGCUGUGCACCAGAAUGCCAACCUUCGCUCCAGCAGAGAUACUCCACACAGCAGCUCCAUGUCAGAUAUGGCCACCACUCCGAUAUCCCCCACCUUCGAUGAUGUCUUCUGGGACUUCCCUAGCUCUGAGGAUCGCCCCCCAAAGGUUCCGGAGCGUACAACAUCAAAAUUUUACUGUAAAGAUCUCCUGAGUCACCACAGAACGGCGUCAAGUGGGUUUCCUCAGUCUCCAGUGGAAAAGGGGGGGAAGUCAACCUCCUCACACAGCAGUUCCACCAGCAGCACCCAGUCAGGAUUUACCAGGAUCGAGAGCCCGCUUCUGCACAGCCGAAACCAGCAGUACAAAAAGCCCCAGGACCACUAUCCAGUAUCUCCACCACAGUACCAAGGCUUCGGCCUUUGCUCCGGGCCCAAGGCGAAUGUCAGUCCGUUUCCUAAGGCAACGGAGUACUCCUCCUCCAGCGAUGAGGUGGGGAGCAGCGAUGACGAUGAGAAGAGCCGGACUGCAAACAACGCAAAAGGGAAGUUCUUCAGAACGGCCCCAGACGGGAUCGUCCUACAGCCCCACUGCAAUCUGAACCAGCAGCAGCAGAGUGUAGCAGACCUUAAGCGCAGCCCCCUACCAAGGCCGAUAGGAUCAGAAUUCAAUCAGAAUUACCUUCUCCCUGAUCUCCUACAGAAGAGCCCCCCUCACAAGGCACCAGGACGGCUCCCCCGCGAGGCCCAGUACCCCCAGUCCCCCCCUGGCCACACCCAUCAAGUGGACAAGCCUGUAAAUGGUCAGCCUGGAAAGAGCAGCUCUUCUUCCUCCUCGUCCUCCUUCACGCACUUCAUCGACCCACGCCUGCUACAGAUCUCUCCUCCACUUAGCCCAGUGGGCAACAGCCCAACAAGCUGUAAGUCAGAGCCUUUCAGGAGAGAGAACCACAGGAAGGGAUCUGUGGUGAACGUCAACCCCACCAACAUCCGGCCCCAGAGCGACACUCCAGAGAUCCGCAAGUACAAGAAGAAGUUCAACGCUGAGAUUCUGUGUGCUGGUCUGUGGGGUGUGAACCUGCUAGUGGGCACGGAGAAUGGGCUGUGGCUCCUGGACCGCAGUGGACAGGGCAAGGUCUACUCUCUCAUCAGCAGGAGACGUUUCCAACAGAUGGAUGUCCUGGAGGGACUUAACGUUCUCAUUACUAUCUCAGGUAAGAAGAACAAGCUAAGGCUGUACUACCUGUCCUGGCUCCGGAACAAGAUCUUGCGGAAUGAUCCAGAAGUGGAGAAGAGACAAGGCUGGACAUCUGUAGGGGACCUGGAGGGCUGUGUGCAUUACAAAGUCGUGCGAUAUGAAAAGAUCAAGUUCCUCGUCAUCGCCCUGAAGAACGCAGUGGAGGUGUAUGCCUGGGCUCCCAAACCAUACCACAAGUUUAUGGCUUUCAAGUCCUUCACCUCGCUCCCUCAGAGACCCAUGUCCGUGGACCUGACCGUGGAGGACGGACAGAGGCUGAAAGUCAUCUACGGCUCCAUGUCGGGCUUCCACGCCAUCGACGUGGACUCGGGGACGCCCUACGACCUCUACCUGCCGACACACAUCCAGGGACUUAUCCGGCCCCACGCCAUCAUCAUCCUGCCCAACACCAACGGCAUGGAGGUCCUGGUCUGCUACGAGGACGAGGGGGUCUACAUCGACACCUACGGGCGCAUCACCAAGGAGACCGUGCUGCAGUGGGGCGAGAUGCCCGCCUCCGUAGCCUACCUUCAGUCCAACCAGGUCAUGGGUUGGGGAGAUAAAGCCAUUGAGUUGCGAUCGGCCGAAACGGGCAACCUGGAGGGAGUGUUCAUGCACAAGAAGGCCCAGAAGCUGAAGUUUCUGUGUGAGCGAAAUGACAAGGUCUUUUUUGCUUCAGUGCAGUCGGGGGGCAGCAGCCAGAUCUACUUCAUGACACUGGGGCAGAACUCUCUCUUCAACUGGUGAUCCCUGGAGCCUGGAGAGACCAUACCUAGGCCCUCAUUCUCAAUGCUUUUCGUGCAGACAGAUAGUCCACGCAGCCCAUUCGGUUUAAUAAUUCUGAACCUGAACUCUGAUGGAUUUUGAUAUCACAUGGAUUUUUUUUUUCUAAAAAGCACAAGUAUAUCAGAGUUCAUGGCCAAAACACAUUCAGAAUUGGUUUAGACAUGGGCUCCUGUUUGAGGGGAAGGAAUCUUUGCUCUGUAAACCUUGUACUGUUGUUGAAGUCAGUGAAGGUCCUGAGGUAUAAAACCUUAUGUUGUUGCUAUUGCCCAUGGCAUGUAAGGUGUGCAAUGAAGGUAGUCACAUAUUUUAAGCUCUAGAUAUAUACCUCGGAACAUUCAAACGAUUUCAUUAUUCCAAGUGGAUCUGUUUAAUAGAGAGCCCUCAAAAUAGGAUGGCCUGUUCAGUGCCUAAAUCCAAGAGCAGACAGCUGUUGGAUGAUCUCUUAGCUGUAGUGAAAUGUUAGAAAUGAUGUGAUUCACCCAUGCAUUAACCCCUCCGUCCAUACUCAGACAUGUGUCAGGUUUCAUUGGAUCCCAUUCUCGCUUUUCACGUUGCUGUGUCUCUCACCCAGAGUGAGCAUAGAGACUGUGUCAGGAAUCACAUGGACAGAGAUGCUCCUACUGUGGGUUAGAUUCGCACAGGAAUGAUCUCUGCUUACCAAGCAAACUUGCGUAUGCUGUUUAGAAGUUAAAGAGACUCGUAUUCAAUUAAAUAAAUUAAAUGUAAUUAAAAGACUUGGAAAGACCCCAUCAUCAGUUUCAUAGGAUAUUGUAAUUGAUGCACGAUGAAUAAUGUACUUUGAUGGGUACUAGUAAUAAAUCGCCGUUGAUCUGUGUAGUGUGGAGCAGAGUAUAGGGCCAAGAUUCAUUCACAUGUUGGCUCUGUAAAUGUGCCAUUAACAGUAAAAGCCUGGCUUGUGGUUAACUAAUAUCCCUUCUAAAAUAAAAUGAUAAAUAUUAGGAGCACUUUAAAGAUUAAUUUGUUCAAAUGUAAAAACUGAAACAUAAAACACAGUAUCAUUUUAGUUAUCUGUGAAGAGAAUUAAAAUCAAGCUCUGAAUCUCAGCAUUAAAAAUGGCAUGUUUCCCUUCACUAACACAGCAUGGUAAGACACUGUUCAGAUCUGAUAGCAGCUCCAAUAGCAGCUUCAAGGCAUGUGCACACACACACACACAGAGUGAUUGAUGUUCAUAUUUAUUUCAUAAAUGAAAAACCGAGGAGAUCCAUUUCCCUUACAUCAUUCACACUGCGAAAAAAUAAUGCCGUUUGUUAAUGAUACCCACCAUAUUACACAAUUUAUCUUGCAACUAUUCGAUUAACAUUUGCUCAUUACAUUCAUGAAGGGGUUCCCCCUUGCCUUACAGCUAAUGUAUGAGUGUUGUAAUAAUUAAAUUAGCUAUUGCUAGCCUGUACUUCCACCCCUGCAUUCCACAUGUCUGUCAGUAUUCAGGAGAGAGCUCUGCUUUUGCAUUUUAGUCAGAUAAUGGAAAAAGCAUUAUGAUGUUGCAUUAAUUCUUCUCAGAAGGCAAGUAUUUGCUUUAGACUUGUUCUGAAAGAGGCAAUAUAUUGCACUUGUUUUUUUAUGGAAAAGAGAUAUUUACCCUGGCUUGCUCCAAUAGGUCUUUGUGUACAUUGGCAGAUGUACAUAUUAUUUGCACUGUUUUUAUAGAUAUUUUAUAUCUACUGGUCAUCUGCAUGUACAGAAGAAAGGGGUUUUCAAAAUACUUAGUCCUUUGCACUAUUAUGAUUUAUUGUACUAUGUCUGUAAGAAAUGCUUUAUUCUAGUAGUAAUUAAAAAAAAACUGAAACACCUUUUAUUGUAUUCACACAUAGUCAGUAUUAUGUAAAUCUGAAGAAAGGGGGAUGUAUUAUGUUAGAAAUCCAUCCUAUAUACUGUAGGGCAGAUGGCUACUCUAGACACUUUACUUACUUUUAAAAUGUAUAAACAAGACAAAACAUGGACAAUCUCAGAGAUAAUUUUCACAAAAAGUGUUAUGUGUGAAUCAUGACUCUGGAAAAGUCUUCAACCAGUUUCCAGAUGAGUAAAGUCUGAGAGUCAGUGUUGUCAAUGAUCACAUGGAUACACCUCAGUUGUGCGCAAAAAUGCAGUUAAUUAUUGAUAACGGAAACCUGCCCAGGAAAAAACUACGUGGGUUUACUUAAAAAUGUGAAUCAAUGCCUAUGUUAUUGUACUAUGUAAUUGUGCUACGAGUAAGUGUUACAGUGUUCCUCCUUUUACAUUAUCUUAAAUCUACUUAUCCUACAGGUUUUAUGUACAAGUUAAAAUCCAGUUGUUUAUAAUUCUCUUAAAAGCAAUAUAGUUUCAGUGUUAUUGUGUGGGACUUUUCAAA